GCUUCUGGGGAGCUCCGGAAUACCCCUCCUUGCAAGCCCGGAGCUUCUGAUCGCCCUCCCUGGUGGCCCCACGCUCAGCAGCACAAGGCUGUGGCUCUGCUGUGGGUCGGCCAGACCUCACCUCGUUCGCAUCAGUCAUCGCCAUCAGUCGCUCGCUGUCGUUCGUGUCAGUCCGUCUCCAGCUCGGCGCGGCCAGGGAGGGUCACUCACCGACGAUCAGAUCACCCCCUACACAACUACUCAUAUUCAGCAAGGACAUGGAGCUGACGGCGCUGCCUGACGACGCCCUGGUGGCGGUGAUGCAGCUCCUGGACGUGCGGGACCUGCUGUCCUGCCGGCUCGCUUGCAGGCGGCUCGGGGAGCUGGCCCUGCACCCGGACGCGUGGCGCCGUCGUGCGCUCGACUUGUUCCCGGACAGCGUAAGGUGCAUCUGUCCGAUGCUGCGUCUGGCGCCGUGUGCGCUCUCGAUGCACGUCGAGUUCCCGGGAUCACUUUGGCGUCACGGGGACACUUCAUCAGCUGAGGCGAUCACCACUUCAAAGUGUGCUGUAAACAUUUUGAGAGUGCUCGUCGAUGAGCAUUGUGGCGUCCUGGACGCCAAGGCGCUGAUCCUCCAACAGCAUUCGCUCGGCCGACUGAAGGAGCUCCGACUUUAUUUACUCUGCAACAGACAGCAAGACGAGUCUCUGUUACUACGCACGGUGGCGUCCAUGCCCAGCCUGGAGAGGCUGUGGAUCGUCACGUCAGGCAAGGACAGGAAGCCCACCCCCAUCCCAACCAGGCUGCGGAUAACUCCGUCCCUAAAGUCUUUCGCUUGCGACUCAGGAAAGAAUUGGCCCUUCAUCCACAGGAUGCUGUCUCGACACGCCGCCACCUUAGAGACUGUGCUCGUCUCCGGUCUCAGAACCCCACUCUCGAUUGUACCUCUGGUCACUGGCAUGCCGAACCUGACCAGUCUGAAGUGCGAUUGUUCCCCUGGAAUUAAGGGCAUUCUAGGUGCUGCAUCUCUCAGGGAGCUGCACCUCGUGAUCACGUCUUUCGGGGGGCGGGGGGCUGAGGCCGCCGAUGUGACCGCUGCCGCUGACGGGGUCCUGGAGGCUGCAGAGCUCCUCCGGCGCGCCGAGCACCUGCGCGCAGUCACCCUCGAGUACACCCCUGCAUUAUUUUGCACGGAAGUCUUUGGCGCUGACCUCGUCCUGGCCUUGGCGUCGUCGGGGAGGUCCCGCCUGGAGACGCUGUGCAUUGAGGAUUAUGGAGGUGUCAGGCCUAGCGGGUUUCCCCAGCUGCAGCCGCUGGUCAGCGCGCUGCCCGGGCUGCCGUCGCUGCUGCACCUGAAGGUGGCCGCGGACGCCGACAUCGCGAGCGAGCUCCUCUCCGCCAUCAGCCCCGCCUCAGCCCCGGCGCUGCAGAGCGUCGAGCUGCCGCUGCGAGGAAGGCGUGCGCACACGUGGCUCCACGGCGACGCGGUCAAGGCUGCCUUCUCGGCCAACCCCUCGCUCCACAUCAAGAUGAGGUUUCCAUUGUGUGGUGACGAUGACUGCGAGACGUGCGAACUGGCCCGUCACCACGAGCCGCUCAGUCGUAGGUCUCAUAACCAGAAAUCUAACCUUGGUCUUUUCUCUCAUGACCCUAAGGAGAAAUGUUUGCAGGGUCACUCCUCUGACCGCCCGUGGGUCCGCGUUCCCGUUACCUAGUGCGCCUUUGUAACCACAGUCCAUUGCCCAUACAAGUAAAUGGUAAAUGUAACGAUUGUGACACCUUAAUAUUUUUCUGUACUUCACAACU